CUCACACAUUCACCCUAGUAUUAUCAUUUGCUCAAAAAAAGAAAGAAAGUAAUACGCACUCUCUUCUCUUCUGAGAAAAAAGAAUCAGUCACUGAGUUCCACAACCAUGGACCAGUCAAAAAACCCCGACUCAUCUUUACCCAGACCCUCUAAAGCCACUAUUACAAAACAAAAAAGCUCAUGGCCCUUUGCUUUUUUUGUCACAGUAUUGAUCCCCGUUGUAGCUGCGACAUUGCUCUACCAACUCGACUCGUUCGACCCGGCUCCUCUGCCACCUUCCGAGUUGACUCGGCACGUCAUAACCGUGCCAACACAAAACAACCACAUGCUCCGAGUGUCUGAGUUUGUGGGUGUAGGGAAUUUGAUAGGCCCAGAAGAUAUAGCGUAUGAUGCCAAGUCAGGAGUCAUAUACACGGGCUGUGCUGAUGGAUGGAUCAGCCGAGUCACUGUAAACGACUCGGCGGCUGACUCGGUUGUGGAGAAAUGGGUCAACACCGGUGGGAGACCCUUGGGAAUCGUUUUUGGUCACAACAAUGAACUUAUCGUUGCUGAUCCUGAAAAGGGCCUCCUAAAUGUGACCGCAGACGGUUUGGUGGAGCUGUUGACAGAUGAGGCUGAUGGACAAAAAUUCAAAACAACAGAUGCUGUGGAUGUAGCACACAAUGGCAUAAUUUAUUUUACAGAUGCUUCAUAUAAAUAUGGUUUAAGUAAGUUUAUUUGGGACAUCUUGGAGGGUAAGCCCCAUGGUAGACUUUUGAGUUAUGAUCCAGCAACCAAAACCACCAAGGUCCUGGUCCGUGACCUCUACUUUGCUAAUGGUGUAGUAGUCACACCUGAUCAGAAUUAUGUGAUCUUUUGCGAAACCCCAGUGAGAAGGUGUAGAAAAUAUCACAUCCAAGGCAAGGAAAAAGGAAGAGUAGAAAAGUUUAUUGAUUAUCUGCCAGGCAUGCCUGAUAACAUCAGAUAUGAUGGAGACGGCCAAUAUUGGAUUGGAUUGGCAACGUCACGUACACUUCAAUGGGAUAUAGCAUUCAGAUAUCCUUUCAUCCGAAAGAUUCUACUGAUCAUGGAGAAGUACAUAGGAAGACCACCAAUGGAGAAGAAUGGUGGGAUUGUGGCCAUUGAUUUGGCAGGAAAUCCCAUUGCUCAUUACUAUGAUCCUGGAUUGGCACUGGUUACAAGUGGGAUGAAGAUAGGAAAUCAUUUGUACAUUGGUUCAAUUUGCUAUCCCUACAUUCUUCGCCUCAACCUGAAACAAUAUUCUGCCGAGGCUACCACAUGAGCCUAAUCCUUGAGAAAAUAAGACCGUUGUGCUGCAUGUUGCAACACUCUUGAUGGUACCUCUAAAAUAACUCGGAUGAAGUGCCUUAGAUAAACUACACUCUACAUGGUUCUUGCUAAUUGUGUUGUUGUACAUGUAUGAGACCUGAGAGACUCUGAGUGUUUGGCAAAACUCAGAAAAAGUUUACAUAGAAUUUGAAAUUAGAAUUCAAUUUUGUGUCAUA